AUGGCAAGAAAAAAGUCCAGAGCUUCCACCACAGAUGAAUUAUCGAUAAUAAAAGCAGCUGCAUGGGCGUGGUACCAACACGGGUCCGGUUCCGAGCGGAAACCUAUGGGCGAAUUCGACAUCACGAGAACGAGACGACAGCGAAAACCUUCACUUUACAAACUGGAAGCCAUGAAAAUCACAGAGGAAGAAGAUCAUAGUAACACACAACCCUCCUCUCAGAGUUCGAGUCCAGUCCAUGAUAAUAAAUCUCUUCUUGAUCCUUACGAGAUUGAAAGUAUUUCCAAACGGCUGGAUCAACUUAUGGAAAACUCUAGUGUCAACAAAUUUUAUGAUGAUAGGAAGAAAGUUUCAAGGGAUGGUGAUCAUGACAGUGGUGGGAAUGUUAGGAAGAAAAAGUCUAACAAAUUGAGAGGGUUUUGGCAGCCAGUUUUGUGUGGGAGAAGGGAAGAUAUUGCGGCGGCAGAUACAAGGUGGUACAAUCCUGCAGCAGCACGUGGUUGA